AUGCAAGACGCAAAUACGCCGUCUAAGUAUAGGCCUCCAGUCUCCAUCAGGAGCUCGGUUAUACUGUUCUCCAAUUUCACAAUGAGACUAAGUCAUAUUUUCAAUGUUGGCGUCUUGGCCACAGUUGCAACUGCUUUAUCAAUUCCUCGUGGAAAAGAAUCUCUGCCUGGACCCUCAUUUAGGCCUCCUCCAAAUGUCGACAGUGAUAGUAAUGUCAUUGAAUGCAAAUAUCCUGCAAUGAAAGGCUGGGCAGCCGAUAAUGGCAGCAAAACAGGCUGGUUAAAGUGGGUUGGUGAUGGACCAGCACCAGCCCCUGGAGCAUUCAACAUUACAACAGACUAUGAAAAAAUAUUUCCAGAAGGAGUGACAAGGAAGUAUAAUUUGGUGAUUGACGAAGGUUCUGUCAAUCUUGACGGAGUGACCGCGAGCCAUGCUAUGCUCUAUAACGGCCAAUACCCGGGCCCCUGGAUUCAGGCAUGUUGGGGCGAUAUUGUUGUUACAAACAAGCUGAAGUACAAUGGAACUACCCUCCAUUGCCAUGGCCUUCGAAUGUUCGACAAUCUUCUUAUGGACGGUGUACCCGGUAUAACACAAUGUCCGAUUGCACCAGAAGAUACAUUCACAUAUAGAUUCAGAGCCACCCAAUACGGAUCAACGUGGUACCACAGUCACUAUUCUCUACAAUACUCAGAUGGCUUAGUCGGCCCUUUGACUAUUCAUGGCCCUUCAAGUGCAGACUACGAUGCAUCAAUUGACCCUCUCCUCUUGGGUGAUCACAUUCAUAGGAGUGCUUUUCAGGACUACUACAAAGUACAGACAAGGAUACCUCCAGAGAUGGACAGCCAGCUUUUGAAUGGAAUUGGAAAUUAUAACAAGGACCCCAACCGCAAGCCCUAUAGUACACUUGUGAAAGCAGGAGAAAAAUAUUUAAUGAGACUGAUUAACACAUCCACCGAUACUACCUUCAUAUUUUCCAUUGAUAAACACAAUUUCACUGUCAUUGGCGCCGACCUUGUUCCAUUGGAGCCCUAUGAUACUUCUCAUAUUCUCAUUGGAAUUGGGCAACGUUAUCAUGUCAUCCUCAACACCCUUCCUGAAGUGAAGGAUGGAGACUCGUUCUGGAUUCGCAUGGUCCCUGCGGGAGAUGGGUGCAGCAGGUUCCGAAAAGACCACGUACCUGAUGAAAGGAUGGGAGCACUAUACUAUGGGAAGAAAACGGAUGACCUUCCGAAGUCUGAAGGCGGCGGAUACGACAUAAGUUGUCGCGACGAGCCAUAUGAGCGUUUGAAACCUAUUCAGAAGUGGAAUGUGCCAGACCCAUUAUUGGCACCGGAGUUGAUGACAAAAACCCAGAAAAUCGGUAUUGACGUCUGGAAUCCCCCAGGUCGCCCUACCAACGCACCCAAAAUUGCAAACUGGGGAAUUGGGCCCCAGCCAAUGUGGCUAAAUUAUUCGAAACCGAUUGUUAAAAAUAUGAAUAUCGAAGACUGGCCCGAGACCUGGACUGUCUAUCCCGCACAUGAUUAUACCCACGAGCAAUGGGUGUACCUUGUUGUUACGGGACAAGAGAAACAGGACGGACUAACUAGAACACAGGCUCCAAAUGCUCAUCCGUUGCAUUUCCAUGGUCAUGACUUUGCGCUCCUGCAGCAAUCCUAUGAACCGUUCAACAACAGUACAUUGAACCUCAAGCUUGAUAACCCACCUCGCCGCGAUGUGGUUUUGCUUCCUAGCAAUGGGUUUGUUGUCCUUGCUUUCAAGGCUGACAAUCCCGGCUCCUGGCUCAUGCAUUGCCACAUCGCCUGGCAUGCUUCAGCCGGUCUUGCUCUUCAGAUCUUGGAGGACAAGAAUGAUGUCGUCGAGUAUCUUAAGUCUCACCCUGAAGAUGUCAAGGAGAUGCAUCGAGUGUGCGACAACUGGGAUAAAUGGUACGGCAAUCCCGAUAACCAUUAUCCUGCCGAUUUCUUCCAGGAAGACUCUGGUAUAUGA